AUGCCUCUGAAGAAAGACUCCUUCCCUGCCUCCGCGGCUUUUGACGCGAUCAAUGAGGCGCUGCAGUCCGACGCCGCCGAGCGCAAGGAUGCCGUCAACAAGGCCAAGGCGAUCGUCACAUUCAACCUCAAGAACGAAAAGGGCGAGGAGGCCAGCUGGUACCUUGACCUGAAGAAUAAGGGCGAGGUGGGCCAAGGCGCCGCCCCCGCUGGCGGCAAGGCUGAUGUCACUCUCACUCUGUCCGACAAGGAUUUCGAGUCCCUGGUGACAGGCAAGGCCAAUGCUCAGCGUUUGUUCAUGGGCGGCAAGCUCAAGAUCAAGGGUAACAUCAUGAAGGCUACCAAGAUGGAGCCUAUUCUGAAGAAGGCCCAGGGCAAGGCCAAGCUGUAA